AUGUGGCUUGCAUAUGCUCUGUUGCUUACCGUCGCUAUUUCAAUGCCACAAUCUCCGAAUACGCCAUCAUCCACUUCGGCUCCAAAAAAGACGAAAUUUUCUGUGGGAAAAAGGCUGUGUAAGCCUCGAUUUUCAGAAAUUUCAACACUAUAUGUAGGAGUGAAUGCCCAAGAUAACCUCAACGAAUUUGAUGAAUUUAUCGAAAUCGAUUUUCCUCAAAAAGAGUGUGAGAAAGUGAGGAGGCUGGUGAUCCACCAAUAUACUAUAAUAGUGAUUGAUACACGACCGAUCUAUAGUACAUCAGCAGGACCGCUAUUUUUGUGCAGACUUCAUUCAUCCGCAAUGAAGACUGGAGAAUUUUAUUUCGUUAUCGGAAAUCAAAGUGAUAAUACGCCGGCUCCGAGAGAAUUUGACAUUCUGUACACUCACGAACGUGGUGACAGCAACGUCAAUGGUAUCAGUUACUUAAAAUUUACAGCGACUCAUUUCGCAGCAGAACCUGAGGAUAAAACUGAGUUUCCGGUAAUUUUUAUACUUGCUGAAUCACCGGCAUUAAGAAGUGAUGAAAACGACUUCAAGAAGUUGGUGGCGGAAGUAUCGUAUGCGCAAGUUGGUAGAUCAAGAAAGGUUACUAUCCUCGAGCAAUCAAAAACAUUAUCACAUCCAAGCAGUUGGAAAGUUAUGUUUGAGAACGCUGUUGAUGUAGUUGUAGUGAACAGAAAUGUUCGCUCUACGAGAACAAAUUUGUUCACUGCUGAAAUGUUCAAAGCAUUUGAUGUUUAUGGUAUCAGACCUAGCAUGCUUGCUUUGGAUGUGAGUAGGGAAACACGCGAUCUGCCUAGAGGAAGAUCCAUUUCUCUCUGCAUUCCGCCAAAUGAGCUUCUAUCUUAUACGACGUCGCACACUUCCGUGUACUGGAAAUCUUCUAUACAUACUCCCGGCUACGAAAAUGACUGCUCGUUGCCAGAAUACCUUAGGAUCUUUGACGAAACAACGGGAUAUAGCCCAAGAAUCCCUCAGUAUCAAUAUCAAGAACCAUUCAGGGAGGAGGCUCCAGAGGCUGUACCAGAGUUGGUCGGUGAUUCCGAUGAUAAUAUGGAAGUAGAGCAUGAGCAAGGUGAGGCACCGCCGACCCCGGUUGCACCGUCAGUA